GAUACGAAGGUAUAAAACCGAUCUGGUGGUCUCCUGCCAGCCAGUCCAAAGGCCAGAUGCGACGGCGGCUCUAGUCGCACGCGUGCGAGAGAGACGAUCACGAAACGGCGUGCGGAACUCAUAUAUAUACAUAUAUAAAUAUAUAUAUACAUAUAUAUAUAUAUAUAUCUGUUUAUCUAUCUAUAUAUAGAAACACACGGAUAUAUAUAUAUAUAUAUAUAUAUAGAUAUAUAUAGAUAUAAAAAGAAAAAAAGAUUCGCACGUGAUUCGAACGCUAGGAUCAACAACCCCCGCCCCCUACAAAACUUUAUCCACUUUUGCAUUUUUCUUUCGUGAAUCCGUGCACGAUUUUCUAAAAAGAAACAAAGGAGAGAAACGAAAAGGGAAAUCGUAAAAAAAGAAAAAGAAAAAAAAAGAAAAUAAAAAGAAAAAAAAAAAAAAACAAAAAAGAAUCCAAAAAGAUAAACCCAACCCAAGGAGGAACUCACCUGUUGAUAUUCUACGUAGAAACACGCAAGUAGAGAGAAAGGAAUAGGACUCGUUUGUUCUGCUCUCAGCUCGUAUUAUAAACGAGGGAGAGAAAGGACGUGCCAGCAGAUAUUAGCUUAUCUGUUACUCUAAUACGAGGUCAAAGUUCCUAUAUUCUUGCGAAGGGUUCUAAACUUAAGAAUCAGCCGAUUUGUUAAAGAAAGAAAGUAAGAAAGAGAGAGAGAGAGAUAGGAUAGUCGUCACGGAGCACGUGAUAAAUAUUUCGGAUAUGAUCUUUGUGGGGUUUCUUGUGGAAUCCAUGAUAAAUUAAAGGAACAAGAAAAGAAAGAGAGAGAGAGAGAGAGAGAGAGAGAGAAAUAUUAUAAAUAAAAAAUAAGUGAAACUUGGAAGAGAGCAGCAUCUAAAUAAGACAAUAAUAUUCGAUCGAUCGAAGUUAAACGAAUGAUGAAGAUCAUCGAAGAGUCAUCGACCUUUACUAAUCACGAACAAGAGAAGAGUGUUCUGUCCAAUUGUUUUCACGAGGAAUCGACACCCCACGGCAUGCCAGGGAUUCAAAUAAACGUCGAAGAGGCAUCUAACGAUGGACAAAAGGACGUUGUUAGACACAUCGAGACGACGGCGGUGGCAACGGAUAGCCCGCUUUCCUGGCACAUCCCAAGGCCGUCCUUAGGAUGUCCCAAGGCUGGACGAAUCGAAAAAGAUAGCGAGAAUGGAAGCUGGGCACAUCAUCACCACCACCAUCAUCAUCAUCAUCAUCAUUUACAUCCUGAUUCUCCAUCGAGAGGAUCAACUUCGUCUCAGGGAUCCACUGCUAGUACACACAGCGCAGCAUCGGGAACAUUGCUUCUUACAGCCGCAAAUUUGGCCAAUCUCGCUGCAAUGCAUCCACCAACGGUAACAACGCCGAAACAGAUGGAUACAGCAUCGGUGGCAAGCAGUACGCAUUUUACGGUCGUGAACGGCCUCGGAAGACCGACCACCGUCUACAGGAAGUCCUGGUGUGCGAGGAAUCAGCUCACCGUACUUGUCUGCACGAUGAGCUUCCUCUUCAUGGUCGGCCUCCUAGCGGGGAUCCUCUUCAUGGAAAUGAGGGCCCGCGACAAGUACAAUUAGGCCGAGAUCGAGAAAUCGAGAGAAGAGAGCGAACGUGUCUUUGGUCGUCGUGAAAGCAUGCAUGCAUGCAUGCAUGCAUAUAUACGUCGUAGUAAGAUCGAACUUUCAAGGAGAGAAGUAAAAAAAAAAAAUAAAAAAAAAAAAAAAUAAAAAAAAGAAAAAAAAGAAAAAGAAGAAGAAGAAGAAGAAGAAGAAGAGCAACAACAUAGAAGGAUCCUUUCGAUGAUAAUCGAAUACAACUUGCUACGAGUCACGACGAGUUACUCUGUUAACUUCGUAUUUAUAUAAGCGCGAGUCUUGUAAAUCGCGUUUUUAAUGAGUUAAGACCAUUCGCGGUAGAGAUAGAAUUUUAAGCCUUAAGUAUUGCACCCUGUCAAAAGUGCGGUACGUGAAUUCCAGUAAUUACAUUUGUGUAAUGAGCGACCGUUUCAAGUGAGCGAACGCGGCUGAUAGCAUAACAAGAUCCUCGCGUUAUGAACACUUGUAUUAUAAUUUAUGCUGUUGACUAACGAAAACCUCUAGAUCGUCGUCCGAAUCUCAAUGUUUACGAAAUACGAUCCAGAAUUAUGUAGGACAACGAAAAAUAUCAAUUAAGAUCGUAGAUUAUUAUUUCUUUUUUUCUUUCUCUCUUACUCUCUCUCUCUCUCUCUCUCUCUCUCUUUCUCUCUCUCUCUCUCUCUCUCUCCCUCUCUUGAUUUCUAAUUGUUGAUUAACACGGUUCUCGAGCGAUUUAACGUUCACUGUAAAUCGCGUUCGAUGUCCUAGCUAAAUUGACCGAUAAAGAUUGUCUUCGAUCUUUAAAAAUUUUACAGGCAGCUUAAAAAUAUCGAUAAAGUGAGACGACGACAUAGAAUAUAUUAACUAUUAGGAACCGUAAUUUAAUUUUUACUAACACGAAACGCCUAAAAUCAAACCUGGAUUAUUCCGUCGUGGUGUCGUUCCAGGAUUCAAUAUUUUGGAAAAGAAAUGAAGGGCGAUCGCGUCGAUCGCACUUCACGACUGUGAUAUUACUUGCGUAUUAAUUAAUCGUCGAUUCAACAAGAAACUGUCGAAAUCUA